AUGGCGAGUGACCGAUCCUCCGAUUCGACGGGUAUGACCGAUAGCGGGGAGGAGCUUGAUGACGGCGUGGUCGUGGUCCACCCCGACGACGUGAGCAACUACAAUCCCGAACAGAUUCUGCCCCUACAGCCUGCCGUCGUGGAGAAGAUCCGCGUCUGGCUCGGGCCGACAGACUACAACGUUGCCGGCGGCGAGUAUCGCAGGCACCUCGCUUCUCACGUUGUAGGCACAGGCACAUGGCUAACCGCCACCCCCACUUAUCAACAAUGGUUACAUAGCGCCGAGCAUGGGCUACUCUGGAUCAAGGGAAUCCCGGGGUCCGGGAAAUCCGUCAUGGCCGCGACCCUGGCCGACGAGCUCGCCCGCGCGAACCCUGGAUCCCCGCCGGAGGCUCUACUACGUGACUGGACGCACCAGCUGCUGCAAUAUAGCCCGCCUUUACAGAAGAAAUUGGCAGCCCAGAUGGAGAUAGAAAGAAGCCGAUCUAUCGAUAGCCUCUCUAUAGAUGACAUGUGGAAUGACCUGCGGAUGGCCUUUGCUAAUCUCCCAGGCAAAGUGUUUUGUAUCGCCGAUGCCCUCGAUGAAAUGGACAGUGGGCACGAUACUUUUCUCCAGGCGCUUGGAGCGCUUGGCCAAUGGCGCCCACAGACCGUCAAGGUUCUCAUAACAAGCCGCCCGGUUCCCACUGUAGAGUUACCUCUACGAACGAUUCCUUGCCUUCAGCUUCGUUUAGACGAGCAGCACGUGGACGCCGACAUCGCUACAUACGUAAACUUUACACUGGCCAAGUCCGAAAUCCCCAAGGCACACUGGCCAAUUAUUCGAGACGCCGUGCCGGGCCGCGCCAACGGCCUCUUUCUCUACGCAAAGCUGGCCAUGGAUGCCUUUCUAGAACCUGGAGCCGACGUGGACGCCGUGUUAUCCGCGCUCCCUCAAGACCUCAACGAGCUCUAUACGGGGCUCUUGGAAGAACAUGCUCGACGCUCAGCUGUACCCCCUGCCAUCCAGCACCUCAUCUUGGAGUCCAUUACCCACGCUAUGCGUCCUCUCCGUCUCCUGGAACUAGCCGAGAUGAUUCGGGUUUGCGCGCCUGACCGAGUGCAGCGAGAUAUCAAGGCUACCAAGGAUAUAAUACGGUCAGCAUGCGGUCCGCUAUUACAGAUCUUGGUCGAUGAAACGGUUUCCGUCGUGCACCACUCGUUUACCGAAUAUCUCAGGGGGUCCACGAGGCAGGCUGGCGAUCCGGGGUAUCCUAUUCUCGACCAGGAGUCCACGCAUGCUAAUCUCGCCCUCGUUUGCCUCUCUUACCUAAAGUCUGGGUCUCUUCUCGAUGGCAUUGAUGCAGAUGGUAGUUGUGACUCUGGUGAUGACGCCUCUGAGAUUGGGGAUUCUGGCGGCCAUGAGCCCGGUCCUCCUUUGGAACAUAGGUAUGACCCUCGCUCCGUCGGCCUACCACCUCGUAACCUGAGAUACAAUAAGCGGAUAGCGUGGCCCUUUUCAGUUACGCCAUAUGAAAACGGGCCAACGCCAAUUUGGUGGGCGGCGCGUGAUGGUAGCCUGAAUUGCAUUCGAGCACUUCUCUCCGCUGGCGCGAACCCCAACAUACGAAUCAGCCACAAUGGAGAGACGCCUUUGUUCGAAGCCACGAUGAAAAGGCACCAUGAAGCCAUCUCGAUCCUCCUCGAGGCUGGAGCCGACCCGCACGUGAGCCUUCACGGCGACAACGACCGGACCCCUCUCAUAUUCGCCUGCGAAUGCGGCCACCUCGAGUCCGUCGAGGUCUUCCUGAAGUUCGUCGAGGACAUCGACAAAAUUCAGCGUGGUGUCAUUGGCGCGGCCAGAUGCGGUCGCGCUAACGUGGUACGGCGGCUCCUCGAGCACCCAGGCGUAGACGUGAAUAAAAAGGCGGCCGGCGAGACGCCUCUUUUGCCGCCUGCAGAAGCCGACAGGCGGAUACGGUGA